UGUUGGUGCUGAUCUUUAAUUUGGAUUGUGGAGCUCUCUUCAUAUGACAGUGUCAUGUUCGUUCUAUGAAAUAAGCCUUUGGAUGAAUGUUUAUUAUAUUAGACCUGUACCUAUGUGAAUUGCCUUUGCUAAUGUGUUAGAUGGUGUUUUAAUCAAUGAACAAGCUUUUACUCUCAUUAGCCAAGGCAGGGGCUGCUGCAUUAAUUUUUCACUUGCUGAUAUACCCUUGUACACUAUUGUUGAAGUUCCUGUAUUUUACUCUUCAACAUUCUGUGAACUACAUCACACUUUUUAAUGCUUUUUUGUUUAUUUUGAGAUGAUAUUCUGCUACUUUCAGGGUCUUCUUGAAGCAAUGAAAGAGGUGAUGCCCGAAGCACCACAUCGUAAUUGUGUGAUGCAUAUGUGGAAAAACUUCAUCAACCGAUUUAAGGAUCUGCAAGUCAGAGAUGUGGUUUGGGAGUGUGCAAGUUGUUCAACCCCUCCUGAGUUUGUAGAGACUAUGGAAAAGCUUAAGAAGAUUAAUGAAGAGGCGUGGGAGUAUCUUACAAGAUUUGAUCCUCGGGUGUGGGUGAAGGCUUACCUUAACCAUGGCCCCAAGGUUGAUUCUUUGACAAAUAAUAUGUGUGAAUCCUGGAAUGCCAAAAUAGGAAAGUACAGAGUGAAGCCCAUUCUUACAAUGUGUGAAGAGUUGCGCUGUUAUGUCAUGCGGAGAAUGACGAAGCAUAUCACUCUACUAUCAAAUUAUCCUGGAAAGCUUGCUCCCGUACAGCAAAAAAGACUUGGCCGAUUGAUUAAGCCCAGCAACAGAUGGAAUGCAGUAUGGACAGGUGACAACGAGAGGAAGCGGUUUGAAGUGAGUCGCAAAGCAUCAAAAGUUGAUGUUGAUUUGAUGAAGCAUACUUGUUCAUGCAACAUGUGGCAACUAACAGGAAUGCCUUGUGUUCAUGCGAUUGCUGCUAUUAGGAAGAAGCAUGAUAAGCCAGAAGAGUAUGUGCACAAAUGGCUUUGCAUGGAGUCCAUCUAUCUGACUUAUGCACACUCAAUCCAACCAGUUCCCAGUGAAGAAUAUUGGCAUAGAACAGGUUAUAUCAAGCCAACUCCUCCACCUAUCAAGAGGCCCAUUGGUAGGCCAAAGGUGCAUAAAAGAAAGAAGGAUCCAGUAGAGGAUUUGAUCCAAGGGGACAAGGUAAGAAAAACAUUUCGCAUAACAUGUAGCAAGUGCGGCGAGAAGGGUCACAACUACAAGACAUGCAAGGGAGCACCAUCUAAUCCUAACUGGAAGCCUAAAACCAGGAAACCAAAGCACCAGAACUCAAGUAGUCAGGCACUAGUGGAACUUCCAUUAUCCCAAUCUGCUCCAGAGCCUGAGGCUGGCCAGAAUACACAACAGGCAGCUCCAGCUGAACAAGCACAGGACACUUCUUCACAUGCAGCACCAUUCAACCAAGCACCAAUCAAGACAACAAAACAUACUCAUUUCAAAAAACCAGCUAAAUUUAGGCCAAAGCAACCAAUCAAAAGGCCACCUGCACCAACUACAACUCAGACUCAAGUUGCUCCACAAAUUUCAACAAGUGUGACAACAACAUCUAGUGGAGGAGUAUCAAAGGAGACACUGGCAGCAACAACUUCUGCCACAACAGGACUAUUCAAGUUUAUACCAAAUCCAGGCUUCAAGAACCAAACAAAGUGACGUGCUUGUUCCAGACUUAUUUUGGAAACAAAAAAUUAGUUUUUCGCUGCAAUAGUUGGUUGUAAUACAUAUUGGCAAACUUUAUUUUAGCCAAUUUAGUUGCUUAUGAAUUUGUAUUUUGGAAUCUGCGGGCUGAUAUACUUGCUACAGUUACUUAUCCUAGAUGUUAUUAUGUUGUGGUAUGACAAUAUUCCUAUAAUAUGGUUUAGGUUGAAUGAAUGAAUUAUUAUUGAUUGAAUGAAUU